UUAAAUGAGGAAGUGUUCAGUCGUCGGUUCAGAGAGCAGAAAGAAGAGAUCAGACUUGAGAAGAUGAGUGAUGUGGAGGAGGAGAAGGACGGAGCAGAGUCUGGAGUAUUCGGCUCUGAGUCUGUGAAGACUGAGCGCUCCAAAGAUCCUCCUCCAGACUUCAGUGAUGGACCUGGACCCUCAGACACAAAAGAGGAGGAGGAGAAGAAGAGGAGGCUUGUUUGUGAGGAGGAGCAGCCGUCCUGCUGUGCUUCCUGUCAGGACGUCCUGAAGGAUCCCGUCUCUACCAGCUGUGGACACUGGUUCUGCAGACGGUGCAUCAGCUCAUACUGGGACCAGUCUGCUCCACCAGGAGACUCCUCCUGUCCCCAGUGUGGAAAAAGACCCAGAACCAGGGACGUUGGUCUGCAGGAGGUUUUAGAUGAACAUAAGAUCAGUCUGAGGAGGAGAUGUGAACGUGUGACUGAAGGAAGUGAUGCAACAGGAAGUGGAACCCUCCUCAAGAGGAUCUACACUGAGCUCUACAUCACAGAGGGACAGAGUGAAGAGGUUAAUACCCAACAUGAGGUGAGGCAGCUGGAGACAGCUUCCAAGAAGAAGACCGUCCACGACGCUCCAAUCAGGUGCCAGGACAUCUUUAAAGCCUUACCUGACCAACAGGGACCCAUCAGAGUGGUUCUGACGAACGGCGUCGCUGGCGUUGGAAAAACCUUCUUGGUGCAGAAGUUCAGUCUGGACUGGGCAGAGGGUUUGGAGAACCAAGAUGGCAGUGUGGUGAUUCUGCUUUCGUUCAGGGAGCUGAACUUGAUCAGAGAUGAGCAGUACAGUCUUCUGGAGCUGCUCCAUGUUUUCCAUCCAACAUUACAGAAGGUCCCAGCAGAGAAGCUCGCCGUCUCUAAACUUCUGUUCAUCUUUGACGGCCUGGAUGAAAGCAGACUUUCUCUGGAUUUCACCAACAAGGAGGUUGUGUCUGAUGUCACACAGAAGUCAUCGGUCAACGUGCUGCUGACAAACCUCAUCGAGGGGAAUCUGCUUCCCUCGGCUCUCGUCUGGAUAACUUCCCGACCCGCGGCGGCCAAUCAGAUCCCUCCUGAGUGUGUCGACAGGGUGACAGAAGUACGAGGCUUCACUGACGCCCAGAAGGAGGAGUACUUCAGGAGGAGGGUCAGUGAUGAAGAGCGCUCCAGCACAAUCAUCUCACACAUCCAGACAUCCAGGAGCCUCCACAUCAUGUGUCUGAUCCCAGUCUUCUGCUGGAUCACUGCUACAGUUCUGGACCACAUGUUGACUACAGAGCAGAGAGGAGAGCUGCCCAAGACCCUGACUGACCUGUACUCACACUUCCUGCUGGUUCAGACCAAGAAGAAGAAGCAGAAGUAUGAUGAGGGACAUGAGACGAGUCCACAGGAGCUGAUGGAGGCUGACAGAGAAGUUCUUCUGAAGCUGGGGAGGCUGGCAUUUGAACAGCUGCAGGAAGGAAACAUCAUGUUCUACCAAGAAGACCUGGAGCGCUGUGGUCUCCAUGUCACAGAGGCCUCGGUGUACUCAGGAGUUUGUACAGAGAUCUUCAGAAGAGAGAGUGUGAUCUUCCAGAAAACAGUCUACUGCUUCGUUCAUCUGAGCAUUCAGGAGUUUCUGGCUGCAGUCUACAUGUUCCACUGUUACACCACCAGGAACACAGAGGUACUGAAGGCCUUUCUGGGGAAAGACUGGGACAAAAAAAAGAGUUACCUGCCCUCGCAUGACUUCGUGAGUGAUGAAGCAGAAGAAGACGAAGAAGGAGAAGAAGAUGGAGAAGAAGACGAAGGAGAAGAAGAAGGAGAAGAAGAAGGAGAAGAAGACGAAGAAGAAGAUGAAGGAGAAGAAGAAGACAAAGAAGAAGAUGAAGGAGAAGAAGAAGACGAAGAAGAAGACGAAAAAGAAGAUGAAGGAGAAGAAGAAGAUGAAGAAGAAGACAAAGAAGAAGAUGAAGGAGAAGAAGAAGACGAAGAAGAAGACGAAAAAGAAGAUGAAGGAGAAGAAGAAGACGAAGAAGAAGAUGAAGGAGAAGAAGAAGACGAAAAAGAUGAUGAUGAUGAUUACCCAUCUCUGGAUGAAUUCCUGAGGAGAGCCAUGGAGAAAUCCCUUGAAAGUGAAAAUGGCCACCUGGACCUGUUUGUCCGCUUCCUUCAUGGCCUCUCUCUGGAGUCCAACCAGAGACUGUUAGGAGGCCUGCUGGGUCAGACAGACAACAGUCCAGAAGUCAUCCAGAGAGCCAUCAACAACCUGAAGGAGAUGAACACUGAGGAGAUCUCUCCUGACAGAAGCAUCAACAUCUUCCACUGUCUGACGGAGAUGAACGACCUCUCAGUCCAUCAGGAGAUCCAAGAGUUCCUGAAGUCAGAGAACAGAUCAAAGAAGGAACUCUCUGAGAUCCACUGCUCAGCUCUGGCCUACAUGCUGCAGAUGUCAGAGGAGGUUCUGGAUGAGUUCGACCUGAGGAACUACAACACAUCAUACGAGGGACGACUGAGACUGAUUCCAGCUGUGAGGAACUGCAGAAAGGCUCAACUUUCUGACUGUGGGCUCUCAGAGACUCACUGUGAAGUCAUAGCCUCAGCUCUGAAGUCCAACCCCUCCCAUUUGACAGAGCUGGACCUGAGCAUCAACAACUACCUGGAGGAUUCAGGAGUGAAGCGGCUUUGUGCUGGACUGGAGAGUCCAAACUGCAGACUGGAGACUCUGAGAUUGAGACGUUGCAGGCUGUCAAAGAUCAGCUGUGCUUCUCUGGCCUCAGCUCUGAAGUCCAACCCCUCCCAUCUGAGAGAGCUGGACCUGAGAGACAACUACCUGAAGGAUUCAGGAGUGAAGCUGCUGUGUGAUCUUCUGCAGAGUCCAAACUGCAGACUGGAGACUCUGGGGUUAGACACUAUGUUUUCCUCGUGUGCUGAGAUGAAUAUGAUGUGAAAGUUGUGUUGACAUAAGGCUGAUAUUAUACUGAUCCACACUGAGGAUCUGAAUGCUAAAGUCUGUUUUCUUCUUCACUGGUUUAGUCCAUUGACUGUGGCAGAGCAGUGUUGAGCUGCACAUUUAAAACCUGAAUACA